GGUCAGGUCCCCGCAGGCACUGAGCUGGCUUUCGGCCGAUGGCUCCGGUGGUGUCCACGCUGCGGGCCGGAGCUGGGGCCGGGGCCCGGGCCAGGCCGCUCCCCCAACGGGUGCUGGAGCAGUAUCUGCUGCUGCUGCGCCUCUACCCGGUGCUCACCAAGUCGGUCACCAGUGGGAUUCUGUCAGCAUUUGGGAAUUUCCUGUCUCAAAUCAUUGAGAGCAUCCGGAAAAAGGGAAGAUGGUCUCAAAAUCUGGACCCUAGAGGGCCUCUCAGAUAUGCUCUUUUUGGUUUCUUCUUCUCAGGACCUCUCAGUCACUUCUUCUACCUGUACCUGGACCACUGGAUCCCUGCUGCUGUCCCCUUUUCAGGAGUCAGGAGGCUCUUGUUGGACCGACUUGUCUUUGCCCCGGCCUUCCUGUUGUUGUUCUUCUUCUGCAUGAACCUUCUUGAGGGGAAAAACAUGGCAGCCUUCUCUGCAAAGGUGAAAACAGGUUACUGGCCUGCUCUACAAAUGAACUGGAAAAUCUGGACCCCAGUUCAGUUUAUUAACAUUAACUAUAUUCCUCUGCAGUUCCGGGUGCUGUUUGGCAACAUGGUGGCCCUCUUCUGGUACACCUACCUGGCCUCUCUUGGGAAGUGAAGAUGGCCCGAAAAACACAGCAGGUUCACCAAAGUCCCUUGGCCUAGAGGCCCUGGAGACAGGCUGUGGCUCAUUCUGACAGAGUGCUGAAAUUGCCCUCUGAGGGCUUCACUGAAGCAUUAAUGACUAUAAGUGAUUCUUCAUGAUCCAGAAGUAUGGGUGUGAUAAAAAAAAUUGGUUAACACAGAAUCCUGUGCCCAAGAUAGGCAUUAGGUCUUUUCAGUGGGUUGUGUCCUUUAAAUAGAAGUUUUGGCAUUUAAAGAAUCAGCAUGUAUUGAGAAAUAAAUUAUAAAUAAAUCAAAAUUAAAAUAAACAACAAUGUA